UGGCUGAAUGUUUGAUAAGCAUUUUUAAAAGUAUCCCCACGUAUGACGCGCGAGAUCACUCCCGGACCAAAACCGAUCCAAUCCGUGUGAUCAAUAACUGACAAUGGCAAUUUUUUUUUCGUUUCUCCCCUUCGCGCCGUUUAUAGAGUGUAAUCAGAAAUUAUAAAAAGCAAAGUGUUUAUAAGCCUGGGCAAUAGCUCAAGCCAACUCAAUACCUUCGUUCGAAUUCAAGUGAAACGACUCAAACGAAAACUUCUCAAGAGUGCUCAAGAUCCUCGACGUCAAUCCCCUCGUACUAAGCCGGACUCAUCAAAAUGUGGUUUCCGAAUGUGUUUGGUUUGGUGAUCUUGUGUGGUGGUGGUGUGCUGAACUUUGUCAGCGCUUUCCCCAACGGAAACGGCGGGUUCCAGCCAAAUAACUACCCGCAGAAUCAGCUGGACGCAUGGACUCAAGCCUGCCGCAACUUCCAGCAACUUUCGCUCCAAACGCAGGCCGCCCAGAGCCAGUACUUUGCCCAGAACUUCCCCUCGUUUGGGCUUCCUCCGUUGCCGUUUGUGGACGUUUGCUCGCAGGCAUCGUCGUUUGGUGGUGCGGGUGCGGGUGCUGGUGCUGGGGCAGGAGCCUUCGGACAUGCUGGUGGAUCGACGUUUGGAACGGCAAAUCGUUUCGGUGGUUCCGACAAUGGCGGUGGAAAUUUCCAGGGUGUCAGUGUGAGCAGCGGUUCUUUUCCCGGGGGCCAAUCGGGAACGACUGUGACACAUUUUGGACCGGGUGGCUCCAGCACCAGCCACUACGGAGGAGGGGGAGCAGGGGGAUCGUUUGGGACGGCUAAUCGUUUCGGCGGUGCCGGAGGAAGUCAAGGAAGUUUCGGUGGUUUCAGCUCUUUUGGUACAGGAAAUGGUGGAUUCGCGACUGCUAAUCGAUUCGGGGACAGCGGAUUCGGAGGUGGUGCUAGCGUGAGCUCGUUCGGUGGAUCGUUCCCGGGAAAUGGUGGAUACGCUACGGCCAAUCGAUUCGGUGGUGGUUCGUUUGGCGGCAACAAUGGAGGAAGCUUUGCCACCGCCAGCCGAUUCGGGGAUGAUGGAAGCAAUGUUUAUACGGCACAAGGACCCAAUGGGGCCGGUAUCAGUGUGUCCAGUGUGAGUGACGGUUUUGGAAACACCAAAACGCAGGUCCACAAACAUCAAUAUUAAGAGCCGAUAAAAAAAGACUUCAUUAAAUUGUAUUGAUUAUA